AUGGGGGACCUCCCGAGUGUCGUGCGCUUUUCCAUCGCCCUCCGGAUCCAGCCUAACGAUGGUCCCGUCUUCUUCAAAGUGGACGGGCAACGCUUCGGGCAGAAUCGGACCAUCAAACUGCUCACUGGUUCCUCUUACAAGGUGGAGGUGAAGAUCAAGCCCACCACUCUCCAAGUGAAGGAUAUUACCAUUGGUGGUGUACUUGUCCCAUUAGAGCUGAAAUCCAAAGAGCCUGAUGGGGACCGAAUUGUUUACACAGGGAUAUAUGACACAGAAGGCGUGACCCCAACCAAAAGUGGGGAGCGACAACCCAUCCAGAUCACCAUGCCUUUCAAUGAUAUUGGGACCUUUGAGACAGUGUGGCAAGUCAAGUUUUACAAUUACCACAAACGGGAUCAUUGCCAGUGGGGAAGCCCCUUCUCUGUCAUUGAGUAUGAGUGCAAACCCAAUGAGACACGCAGCUUGAUGUGGGUGAACAAGGAAUCUUUCUUGUGAACAUAAGCCUGAUAUUGCUGGACAAUCUCUUCAGAAAUCUACCUUAACAAAAUUGAUCCCACAACCAGCACAAGCCUUAAUUAAGGCCUAUUUUGACUGCUGCUCUCUCUCUCAUUGGAUACUGGUAACACAUGAGUCUCAAACUUUUUGGAGGUAUAAUCCUCCUCCAAUGCAAGCCCCUUUCCCCUCUUGUUGCAGCUCAUGAUGCAACCUCCCUGACAAAACAACACCUUCCUCUAUUUUGCAUCUGUGUACUCGCCCCCAAAGUACUUGGCCCUACCAUUGACUGCCUCUGGCGAUAGCCAAGCAGAAAUGCAAGUUAGAUGUUGUGUAUUUAAGUGGUUCUGUGCAUUGCUGUGUUUCUUGUUUCCAAGUUGAAUGACUUCUUCCUUUUUAUUCAGUGUUGUAAAUUGUGUUUGGACCUUAUUCACCAUGUGAAAUUUGGUAACUUUGCUGCUUUAGAUUCUGGAGGGAUUUUUCAAAGCAGGCUCUUUGGAAAGGUAUGAACUACAACAAGCAAUAACUAAUGUGAUUUGCUAGGCAGAGUCCCUUAUUUGUAUCUUGACUUUGUGGAAGUGGGCUUGCAGAUAGAUAGGAUUUUUCCUUAGGUAUAAAAUGAGAUGACUGAAAUGGAAGGGACCUCAGAGAGAGUCUAGUUCUAUAACUACGUUCCUAUAAGUAACUAAAAUCUAAUCCAACCACUUCUGUGUAGGACCUGAGAGAUUGUCAAAACUCUGCUUUUUCCAAGCCAGUUUACCUGAAUUUUGUCAUUAUUGCCCCUUUAUUUAAAAAGUCCUGGUUAUAUUGCCUAUGUGGUUGAGACCUGCAUAUUAAUAGCACCACUACAUUCCUCCCUCAUGUGAACUUUGUAAAACUAUAUA